GGCAGCUGAAGAAGAUGUGGAGUCACAGAGACAGGAACUAAUGGCAGGGUUUGAUGAUGCUCUGCGCAAGAGAGAGCAUGAGUUUAGAAAAAAGGCAGAUGACUUAAGUAACUCCUUACUAGCCAGUGAACUAAAGGUAGGCUCAACCUAAAAAUGAGUUGGAUUGUAACAUAGUUAGUUAAAAGUACAGCUAUGUGUAUUAUCUUUUAGCGUUGGCAUUAAUUGUGCGGACUCAGGUCCAGUGAAGGGAAAUAUACUGGUAGCUACACAUAGCCAAGGCCCCUCAAUAUCACUCACUCACUCGACCUCUUCAUAGUGGCUGGGAUAUAAGAGCCCUUCAUAUGGACACUGAAAAGCAGAGCUAAAUAUCCAUAUUACAGAAAAAGGAAUUAAUGUUUUGUAAGGCAGGAUUGUAUUAAGUUAGCCAUCUUUGGGAGAAACUACAUGUGUAAUAGAGAGAUGUGUGUGCGUAUGGAGGGAUACAACUGCGUUUACAUGUUAAGCUACGAGAAGUUGUAGAUACUGUAGGUUGCUACUCAAUAAUAAUUUUUUUUAACAUUGUUGCCCUUCCUUGGUUUAAAAAAUCUGUAUAGGAAUGCCCAUACAUGUAGUUUUCAAAUAACUAAAUUCCCUUCCCCCCACUGUUCAUGAUGCUGAGACAAUGUUUAUUCUAGAGAUAUCAAUUGAUACUGAAAAUGUUUAUGAUAAUACACACUGUUGUUUACUUUAAUUUUGAGUACUAUCACCAUUUCUUGCGGCAGAGUAUUACAUCACUACAUGAUAAAUGUUUGGAUUUUGAAAGUUUUCACAUAAUUUGAAAACGUUCAACAUACAUGUAUAUGUAUGUUAGAGGUCAAAAUUAAAUUCAAGUUAAAAAUUUUUUAACCUAGGUUGAUUCCCUAUUUCCUUUUUCUCUCAGCCCUAAUUAUAAAUGAAUUAGGGAUAGGAGACAGGAAAUUGAGCAUCAACCUAAGUUAAAAAAUUUUAAUCUGAAUUUGAUUUUAACCUGUAACAUGCACUUUAAGGUUAAAAUGCUUACAAAGGAGCUGGAGCUAGUCAGAGUCAGUGGAGAAAAAACUAAAGAUGAACUGGAAGGAUCUGAAACAACUGUACGAUUUGGAAAAACAGCUGAAACAGAAGGAUUGGGAGUUAACAGAUCAACAGAGCAUGCACAGAGCUAAAGAGGCUGAAAUGGAAGCAGAGGUUGAACAACUGAGAUCUGCUUUUAGCAAGGCACAAGAUCGAUUUCAGCACAAGCAUGCAGAGCUGGAUCGUUAUGCUAAAGAGAAGGAACAAGCCCUUGUUGCAGCUAAAGAAGUAUGCAUAGCCUGCCAAAACAUCCGUUUCUCCUCUCUCUUCGCCGCUAGGCACGUUUCGCGCUGAGGAACGUCUGUGACUCAGCGACAGAAAUUCCAUACUGAUGACAUAAAAUCUGUCCAGAAUCCGGUCAGAAGUGCUGAUUGGUGGACGGAGUAGUUACAUUGUUUUAGUUAUUGUUUACGAAUGACAGACAAAAGACAAAAGGCCACAAAGGUCAAAUGUAAACGCGAAGAAUCUCUAACAAAACAGUCAAUAUUUGUGGAAUAUAGUCUUCCCUAGAAGAAGCAUUUGAGUUUUGCUGGAGCUGGUUGGCAGAUGAACACAAUACUUUUCCAAAAUCGACCACAAGACAUGUAAAAUUGGACAAAUUUACAUUCGGAACCCUAUGACUACCGGAUUUAUUAUCUAAACAUUGAUUUGCGUCAUCAGUAUGGAAUUUCUGUUGCUGAGUCGCAGAUGUUCCUCCACGCGAAACUUCCCCAGCAGUGAAGAGCGAGGAGAAAUGGAUGUUUUCACAGGCUAAAGUAUGCAUGGUUUAAGAGAAACAAUCCCAGAAUGCAAACUAUGAUGCUAUAACAAGAUACUGAUUGCUCACUGCAUUCUUGUGAAGCUGUGUCUCUCUUUUCUUCAAUAGAAAACCACAGAAUGACAAAAGUGUUACACUCAAAAUUCUUACCUUAUACUCUGAAAUCCCCUAGAUUUUAAUAAUAAAUAUUGAAAUCUGUACAUCUGAAAAUAGCUUUUGUUACCAAUCUCUCUUUAACUCUUCAAAAAUAUCAGAGCUUACACUUUGCAUCCCUUGUGCAAUAACAGUAUAAAUUUGCAUGUUAUCCAAUUUAGUUUUUCACUUUCACUGCCUUAAUUGCUUGGAAUAGUAUUGCAUAGCAUAUUCAAGAUGUGUUCUAGAAAAUACCCAAGAAUACCUCACAUGAAAGGGGUCCUGGCCUUAACUUCCACACCCCUCCAGAAAUUCAACAUAUACAUGUAAUUUAACUUUGAGAUUCCUCUCUCUGUACAUCACAGUAUGACCUUCCAAUUGUGAAGUAAAGAAAACUUGUUUUUAAUUUUUAUUUCCCAUAAGAGCUACAGUGAGCUUGAAAGAAGUUUAGAAGAGAAGAUCCGUAUAUUGCAAAAUCAACUGGAAACAGAACAGAUCGAGUGUCGCAGAUUGGUUUGGGCU